GCUGCUGCUGCUGCUACUGCGACGAGCCAAUCUCUCCCUGCCCCAACAGGUCGACUCAAGGCCCUGUCCAACAAAUCGACUGCGACGAGACGGCUUUCGCACGAGGCAAGAAAGACAAGCGAGCGCUGAUUGUCUAGUGGCGGCCACAACAUUGGGCACCUUUUACUGAGACAGUAUCGCGGCAGCUUCCAAACCGACAAAGGGCACCCCAACCGAGCCGGCGACGAGUAUGGCAUCACACGACGACCAUGUCAACCUCCGGCCGGAGCCUGAGCACAAUCCGUACUCGUCCUCGAGUCGAUGGCGCCACCAGGAGUCCGCGGCCUUCCAUAAGCAUGCGGGUUCCCAGGCUCGCGAUCCUGUCAACAGUGGCUCGACAGAGCCCCUUGCCGACUUUUUGAACUCGUCUCGCGUGGAGCCUCGAAGCGACGGCGCCGGUAGUGGCAAUCACCAACCCAUCACCGUCGCUGCGGGACAUGGCGCUCAGCCUGCGCAAGGCGAGGGGCAGCAGGCGCCGAGCGAGGCGCACGACGGAAGGGAGGUUGCCUGCGGCCCGCUACUCAACUAUCGUCGCAUGGAACAAGGGCGAUGGUACGGAAGCGUGCUGAUCGUCAUGAAUGGAGGCGGCAAAGACGUUCUGUAUGAACCGACGCUGGUCCUGCGACGGGUCGACAGCGCUCAGCAGCCUUCUUCCGCGGGCGCCAAUGGCCUCAACGGCGCCAACGGCACCUCUCCGGAAAGGCGCUUUGUGGCCGAACGGCUGUAUUCCGACAAGCGCAACACCUUCUGGGCUUUUCCGAUUGACGUGCCAGUCGAGUCUGCUGAGACCAAGUACGAGUAUGGGAUACCCGACGUGCGCUUUGCCAGCAAGUACAAGCCCCAGGUCAACAGCUUCUUCGUGCCGGCGGCUAGCGAGUCCAUGCGAAUCAUGUUCCACUCGUGCAACGGCUUCAGUGUCGGCACCGACGAGGAGGCUUUCAGCGGCGCGCCGCUCUGGAAUGACGUGAUGCGAAAGCACGAGCGGGUCCCCUUCCACGUCAUGGUUGGCGGCGGUGACCAGAUCUACAACGAUGGGAUUCGGGUCAAUGGUCCGCUGCGCCCGUGGACAGACAUUGGAAAUCCCAAGAAGCGACGCGACUUCCCGUUCCCGGAGACGCUCCGCGCCGAGUGCGACGACUACUACCUCAAGAACUACAUUCGCUGGUAUAGCUCUAAGCCCUUUGCCUCGGCCAAUGGACAGAUCCCUCAGAUCAACAUUUGGGAUGACCAUGAUAUUAUCGAUGGGUUCGGAUCGUACACCGAUCAUUUCAUGCGAUGUGACGUGUUCCGGGGAAUCGGCGGCACCGCGCACAAGUACUACAUGCUGUUUCAGCACCACCUGCCCCCGCCGGCGUCGACGUACACCUCGGAUCACCUCGACUCGAACGGCGAGUCUCCGGGCCCCGACCCGAACCAGCUCAUUGACACGUUUGUCGCACAGCCAAAGUCAGACAGACAGUACAUCGUCGGCAAGAAGCCCGGGCCGUAUGUUGCCGAGCACUCGUUCAACAUGUUCACCAGGCUCGGGGCUCGUAUCGCGCUCGUUGGGCUCGACGCAAGGACUGAGCGAACCCGACACCAAGUCAACUACCCGGAGACGUAUCAUCUCAUCUUCGAGCGCGUGCGGAGUGAGCUGAGCGCUGCGGCAGGCUCGUCGCAGCCAAUCAAGCACCUAAUCCUGCUCCUCGGCAUCCCCAUUGCGUACCCGCGCCUGACGUGGCUCGAGAACGUCCUACGCAGCCCUGUCAUUGGACCCAUCAAGUUUCUGAAUCGCCGUUUUGGCCUCGGCGGAGGCCUCUUCAACCAUUUUGAUGGCAGCGUGGACCUCCUGGACGACUUGGACGACCAUUACACGGCCAAGACGCACAAGCUUGAGCGUGCUCAGCUGAUCGAGCAGAUGCAGGCCAUAGCCGCCGAGUACUCUGUCCGCGUGACGAUUCUCGGAGGCGACGUGCAUUUGGCCGCCCUGGGCCGUUUCUACUCAAAUCCGAAGCUCAAGGUCCCGGUCGAGCAGGACAACCGCUACAUGGCCAAUGUCGUGUCGUCGGCUAUCGUCAACAAGCCGCCCCCUGCGGCGGUCGCAAAUCUUUUGGCCAAGAGGAAUAAGAUUCACCACUUGAACCGUGACACGGACGAGACGCUGCUCGACUUCUUCGACAAGGACCCUGGCGACUCGUCCAAGACGGCCAACGGCAACCAUUGCACGAUGCCCAGCCGCAAUUUUGCCAUGCUGACGGAGAACACGCCAACGGCACCGGGAGACAAUGUCGACGGGCUGGCGCCGAAUGGGAACUCUACCGAGUCGUUCCUGGGGAGGGACGGACACACUCAGAUGCACCGCGGAGAGGUGGAUGCUGGCACGAAGCACAAGGCUGCGAGCCCAGAGACGCACGGGCGCGGCAACGAUGGCGGUCUAGACAUCUGCAUCAAUGUCGAGAUCGACCAACAUGACCCCGAGGGCAAGACUCAGGGGUACGGAUUCACUGUGCCCUUGCUGCGGUAUGAGAAACGACCAGCGUCCGGGCGAGCGACUCCAGGGUCGACGCGUUGACCGUCAGGCGCGUGACUGUGAGGGCCUCGUGACAGUUAGGGGGCUCGUGCUGCGCGAGGCGGCAUCGGGGUGUAUCUUGUUGGAUACCUACUGUGUAAGGAUUACGACGAUGCAAGAUACCAAGACGAACAUGGCUUUUGGGUUUUGAGACGCAGGUGAAAAGCUGAGUGGUGUUUGGCUGUGUGUCACGGGCUUGUUGGAGUACUUUGUGCUUUGCUGUAUACGUAUUGUCGCAUCUAGUCCACUUUCUACGUAUCAAACUUGCGUAGUUCUGUUCAAUUAUUUUCGUG